AUGGAGAACGUUCUGCUGGAUCGUUCUUCCGGAAGCUUCGAGUACCCGAAGAGGGGCGUCUAUGGCGGGAGGCCGGCGAGGCCGCACGGCGCGUACGGCUCCUCCCGCACGUGCCCGCAGUACCAUCACUUCCAGAAAAGCGGCGCAUGGAACUCCGCCCCCGCCCCCGCUCUCCCGUAUGCGUACGCCAGGCCGCCGAUAUACUCGUCGCCGUCUCUCCCUCUCCUGCCGUCCAACCAGCCACCGCUCCUGCCGCUCCCGCCCACCGCCACCAAGUACGCCACUUUCCCCUACCCACCACCUCCGACACCGCCACGUGCCGUCAGGCCGGCACCGCCCACGACCGUCGCGCCGGCAGCGGCGCCCCCUGCGGCCUCACGCCAGCUGAGCCAGAGAGACAGGAGGAGGAGGCCGGCCAAGCCGCCGACCGCAGAACCGGCAAGGGAGCAGAAGAAGAAGAAGCCGCUGGAGCGGGCGGCGCCACUGCCGCCCGCGCCGGCGGUGACCGAGGCGCUGGACGACCUCGAGCAGGAGCUGGCCCGGAGCUGCGUGCAGGACCUGCUGCACGCGCUGGCGCCGCCGCCCAGCAGCCUGCCGCUGCCCAGGUUCUCCCUCGUCGUCAAAGCGUCUCCCCACUCCGCCACGGCCGGCAAGGUGGUGCCGCCUGCCCCGUCCUGCACCGUCAGAUCGAUGGACGCGGUGCGAGAUGGGGUCCAGCCGUCGACCGAUUCAGGUGAAGAAGAUGAUGUUGAUUAA